GACUCAAGAGGAAGUGGAAAUGGUAAAAAAUAAAAAUCGUGAUAGUUUUUUUUUUUUUAAUAACGUUUAGUUAAUUAUCAUUCGCUCAUCUGUUCCGUCCGCUUAUGUGUAGGGUUCGUCGUGCCGCACGUGAAAUAAUUGAAUUCUAUUAUAAUAUUGUAACUGUUUAAUAUUUAAUAUCAAAAUUUUCAUUUUUAUGGUUAUUUUUCGAUUACAUUGCUAAGUAUUACCUACACAGUCUUAUAUCAACAGUAUUACAAUUUUUAUACUCAUUAUUUUUUACUACACUGGUGUACAAUUUAACAACAUACUGAGCUUGAUGAACGUUCAUCGGCGAUAUGCUCACCACAAAGGAUCAUCAUCAUAUACCGCUUAUUGUCAAAGUGCUAGUUUUCAUACUCUUAACAUUAGUCCAUAUUCAAUGUGUUUGCUGUGGAAUGACUGACCAAAUUGAUAAUCAAUUCAAUAAUUAUGCAUUUAUUGAACCUAAAUUAUUUAAUGCAAGACAUAAAAGAGAGAUUCAAUCAACCAAAAUAAAUCCGAAUGGCCUGGAGCAUGCCCAUGGUAUUACCUUAAUAUUUGUCGACAAACAACAAGAAUAUAUUAUUGAUCUCAGCCUCAAUAGAGGACUAAUUCCAGUUCAUUAUUUUGAAAAACAUCAGAAAAAUGGAGCUCAUGUAAUAAAUAGACCAAAAGCAAACGAACUUGAAUUUUGCAAUUAUAAUGGUAAAAUUCGUGAUUUGCCAAAUUCCUGGGCAGCAAUUUCUACAUGUGAUGGCAUAAGAGGAAUGUUUUUUGAUGGAAUUUCAUACCAUUAUAUUGAAAAUGUUGAACUCAAAUCAGGUGAUAAGUACCAUAUUUUGUACAAACAUGAAAAUCUUAGAACUAAUUAUACCUGUGGAUUUCCUAGUACUACUGAAUUUACCUCUAACGAAAUCAAAUACAAAAAAAGAAACACAAGGUCUUUGAAGUCUUUGAAGCCUUUGAAGGGACCUUACAAUCAAAAUGACAAAUCUAGAUUUAUUGAAUUGGUAAUUGUUGUUGACCAAGAAGAGUAUAAGUCUUUUAAUAGUGAACUGCCAAAAGUCUAUCAGCAUACUAAAGAUAUUGCAAAUAUAAUAAAUUCUCUUUAUAUACCACUAAACAUAUUCGUUGCGCUCGUUGGAGUGGUCGUGUGGACCGAAUAUAAUGAAAUUACAUUAGUGUCAAAUGGUGACACUACAUUGACUAAUUUCUUAAGCUAUCGUCGUGAACAUCUUGUCAAAGAUCAUCCUAAUGAUAAUGCUCAAUUACUAACAAAAGUACAAUUUGAGAACGGUAUUGUUGGUAAAGCUUUAAAAGGACCCAUAUGUACUUAUGAAUUUAGUGGUGGUGUAAACAGCGACCAUAGUUUUGUACAAGGUUUGGUAGCGACAACUAUAGCUCAUGAAAUAGGUCAUAAUUUGGGUAUGGAACAUGAUACACCUGAAUGUGACUGUCCCAAUGAAAGAUGUGUUAUGGCGCCUUCCUCGGGGUCACUGAGUCCAACCCACUGGAGUUCUUGUAGUAUGGAAUAUUUAGCGUUAGCGUUUGAGCAUGGAAUGGACUACUGUUUGAGAAAUAAACCUGCUAGAUUAUUUGAAAGCCCAGAGUGUGGUAAUAAUUUUGUAGAAGAUGGAGAACAGUGUGAUUGUGGGGUAAAAGAUAUGUGCACCAAUCCUUGUUGCAAUCCAGAUACGUGUAUGUUUUAUGAAAACGCCACUUGUGCUACAGGGCAAUGUUGUGACUUAAAUACUUGCCAUUUUAAGUUUGCCGGUGUGGAAUGUAGAUCAGCUUCACAUGAAUGUGAUUUACCUGAGUACUGUACCGGAGAUUCAGAGUACUGUCCUGAUAAUGUGUUCAAAUUUGAUGGAUCCACUUGUGAAAAAAAUCAGGCAUUUUGCUUUAAUGGAUCUUGCCGUACACAUGCAGAUCAAUGUCGUUUAUUAUGGGGUCCCACUGGGGAAUCAUCAGCAAAAGAGUGUUAUCAAAUGAAUAAUAGGGGUUCACCACAAGGUAACUGUGGUUACAAUCGCCUGAACAAGUCCUAUGUAAAAUGUGCACAGGAUAAUGUACAAUGUGGCAUGUUGCAAUGUAAGCACAAGAAUGAGCGCUUAGAAUUUGGUAUGGAGACUGUAUCCACUGUAUCGCACACAUUUAUUAACCGUGAUGGAUUAAUGAUACCUUGUAGAACUGCUAUUGUAGACUUGGGUCUUAAUGAUGUUGAUCCUGGUUUAACACCGGAUGGUGCAAAAUGUGGUGAAAAUAAGAUGUGUGUGAAACAAAAAUGCAUGGCAGUGAAGGAUUUCAGAGCAAUUAAUAAUAAUUGUGGAAAUGAUUGCAAUGGCAAUGGAGUAUGUAACAGCAAAGGCAAUUGCCACUGUAAAACUGGUUAUGCGCCACCAUACUGUGAUCAUCCUGGUCCUGGUGGGAGUGAUGAUUCUGGACCAGCAUCUAGUCCAAACACAUUCAAAGGAUUCAUGACAGGAAUGUAUGUUCUAACAUUUGGGGCCAUUCCACUCUUGUUAGCUGUUUUGUUAUUUGCCUAUUGUUCUAAGAAUCAUCGUUCACCAUCCGACUGGAAUAAAGCUAACCGCAAAAAGCUAUCCAAUGAUUCAGAAGUCGGUAACAAACCUAAUGGUACUGUAUCACCUUCGAGUACAUUAUUGAUAGACAAUCAAAAACCACCGACACUUCAUGCGGAUCUGGUAGGUAACUACAAAGGAUUUAGCAUCAAACCGUUAGUACCCAACGAACAUCCGGUUGUCUCUCGAACGCCAAUCAGACCGGCACCUUCUGCACCUGCCUCGGUUGCCGUGACGAAUGAAAGAGGUGGUAGGCUACAGAUAAGUCAACCAGUCUUGGACGCGACUACGUCAUCUGCCGUGCACAAGUUGGUUUCGGUACCUUCGAAACCGGCUCCACCCGUACCGACCGCGGCCAGACCUGCGUCGAUGAUGGCGGUGGACAACAAAAAUAGUAAUGGCGGCGGCGGAGGGGGAGGGUACCCGACACUGCGCAGGAUAACGUCGUUUAUGAAAAACCAAAAGACCGACGAGAAAAAACACACGAUCCCUCGCGCCAACACCAAGUUUGACAAAGAGGUAUUGAAAAAACUAGAAAUAUCAAACCCGAUCCUACAGAAGGAAAUAAACGUACCGUCGGAACCGUUGCCACUGGAGGCGGACCAACACAAAGCUGUCGUGCUCAGGGCGCAGAGUCUGCGCAUCGCCAACAACGCCAAUCACAGGCCUCGCGUACCGAACUUCGGGUCGAUGAAGUGCAAACGGCCCACCAGCGUUGCCGCCACGACGGCGGCGUCGUCUGCCGUCUCCUGUUCGAGGCCCACUUCGCCACCGCCGCCCCGACCGCUGGCUUCACACCCAGUCCAGACCCAAGUCGACUACCAGAUACCGCGACCGCUUGUGACCGACGGCGACCGGCCCGCAAACGGCAGUUGCGAGGAGCCGCUCUCGGAGAACAUCUAUUCGGUGAUCGACGAACGCCCCUCGACGGACGUGGACGAGGACGAUUCCUGCGCGUACAAAGUGCCCAGGUCAUUAGAGAGUUCGUUGCUGGGCGAGAUCGUGUCGGCGAUACAGGAACGCAAUCAUGAGUCCAUUUACACCAGUAAACCAGGCGUCGAUGUUCCGCCGCAGCAGCAGACUUACGAAAACUAUAAGUUGUCGCCGGCUAGUUCGACCACCAGUUCUGGGUACAUGCGCCCCGUGGAUGUCAAGUCACGGGCCGCCUCGUACGAUCAGCCGGACUUAGUCAAGAACUGUGACGAAAACCGUUCUUUGAACCCUUCGCCGGACGUGCUCGAGGCCAAAAAGCAACCUACAGCCGAUAAACCAACCGUUCUGUUUCCAAAACCGGUUGUCGGUGUGGCCAGCAAGUUGGCGUUAACAGCCACGGUCGGUCUGAAAAAAAAACUUUCGGACGGUAGUCGAUACCCUUCAAAAGGUGUGGCCAACAUUCAGAAGAAAUUUGAAAGCCACGGAAAUGUACUGAAAAACCCUCCAGUAUCGGCCAAACCAACCAUCACUGGCAACAGGUAAAGGUAGCCGACAAAAACUGCACAAGGAUGUUUUAUUAUUAUUAUUUGUUUUUUGGGGGGUAGACGAAAGACUGCUGUCAUGAUACCCGCUUUUUUAUAUACAAUUUUUUACAUACACAAUGGUGCUUAUAUUUAUCAUUUUUAUUUCGGAGUUAAUUACUCAUGUGUAAAUAUUUUGGUGUACAUAAAGUAUUGUUUUAUUCCUUUGAACAAAAUGACUUAUAAAAAAAAAAACUUAAUGUGAUAAACUUUACUCAAAAUUAAAUUUAUUUGUGUUCAAAAAGUGUUAGUUCCUUUACAGAAAAUAUUGCAAAUUUCAAUUUCUCGGAUUAGUAUUAUAAUAUUAUUUUCAUUUUUAAGUAUACUCUUCAUGCCAAGCAUCAAAUUUAAUAUGUAUAGAUAGUUAACCAAACCUUCCGGGUGCAUUAUUUACCGAUGGCUUCAUGGCUUAUAACUCUAUUCAUAAUUUUUAUUUAUUUUCUCUACUUUUUAUUUUACUAGUCAUUAUGUUUAAUACUUUAAUGUGAAGUUUAUAUAUAUAUUAUUCUAUAUGUGUUUUGUGUUCAUGUACCUAUUAUACAUUUUCAUCUUCGUGCUUUUUAUAGGCUUUAUUAUACCAGCUAAUGCUCUCUGUCUACAAAUCUUAACGACUAUAUUUGCUAAUUGCUAAACAGUGUAAUUUGUUUUUUUUUUUAAUUCCACGCUGCUAGAUUUAUAUGUAUUUUUUUUUUUCGCAAAUAUUUACUUCAAAGGAAAAAUAAAUAAAAGACACUAAUGUUAUUGACGCCAAAGGCUCAUGUUCCUCA